UGACAGUUUAUUUGGUUUCUGUUUAGUUCAAAAUACUUGAUGGCUUAACCAUUUUAGGUUUAACUGGGUUUUUGCUCAGUACAUAUUUUGUGAUUGCUUGACUUUUUAAUAAAAGAUUUAAAUUAUGUCUUUUCUGAACUAGUUAAUCGUAUUGACAGAGAUACUGUGAAAUUAAGAAUUUUCCUGAACGUUUUGUUUGCUUAAAAUGUCAAUUAUCAAAAUGGCAGACUUGUCUACGUUUUCUCAUGCCAAAGGCUCUGAUGAGGUUAAGGAUUGUAUUUGUUCGUCAUGCAAAGAGCAAGCACAUGCAGAUUUUUACUGCAAAACAUGUUUGAAACUUUAUUGUGGGAAAUGUAUUCAGUUGCAUGAUAAGUGGUUUAGAAAACAUUCAGCAUAUGGAAGGAAUGACAUGAAAGAAUGGCCAUUUUCAAAAGAGGUGGAGGAAUUUCUAUUGAAGUGUGAAGCGCACAAGGAUGACAAAAUUGAAAUGUUAUGUGAUGACCACAGUCAGCUGUGCUGCACAAAGUGUGCCUUCAAUGAUCACAGCAAGUGCAGUAAAGUGACCCCGAUUUCGGAGCUGACCAACAUGCAGCCCACAGACCUACAGGGACUGUCAGUGGAGCUGGAAACUGUCAUGGGGGGAAUCAAAAGCCUACAGAUAAAUCAGGAGGCCAGUGUUCAGUCAUUGCAGAGAACAUACAAGGAACAUGGGGCAGUCAUGAUAGAACAAUUUCGUGGAAAUUUAAAUACUAACAUUGAUGAGUGUGGUAAUAGUUCUGUUGGUACAUCGGGCAAAAAUUUAAAAGAAGAAAUGUGUUGGAGUGUUCUUUCUAUCUUGAAUGAAUUUGAUAAUAUUACUGUGAAGGAACUAAACGAGAUAAAAGAGGAAGUUAUAAGCAUAAAAGGGUCAGUUACAAGUUCUAUUCAUAAAUGCACCAGUCUUCACAAUGACUUGUCACAUUUCCAUGAAAUUGUUCAGAAAAUUGGAGAUAAUAAGGAGCUCUGCCUUAUAGCCAGCAUAAAAUGUAAGCAUAUAAUACAGCAGGCAUUGACUCUGCUAGGAAAGUCAGGCAAGGCGAUUAAGGUCCAGAGUAAUACUGUGCACAAUGUGAGAAUACCAAGUGAUUCAGAUGAAUGUUGGAUCUCAGGCAUAUGUGUUCUUCCCGAUGGGCAGGCACUGGUUGUAGACUGGAAAAAUCAGAAUGUUAAGCUGCUGAACCAGCAGUACCAGGUGGUGAGUCACUGGGAUGUGAAUGCUCGGCCAGUUGACAUUUGUUUGAUCACACCCAGUGAGGUUGCAGUGGCUGUGAUUGACAAUGAUAGCAAGAUACAUGAGGUCCAGUUUAUCACUGUAAACCAGGGAAAGCUUGUUCCUGGCCGGAAGUUUCAGUUACAACAUGAAUGUAGAGGUAUUGACCAUCACCAAGGAGACCUUUUUGUCAUCUCUAGUGAAGAACUGUACAAAUACACACUGAAUGGCAAACAGGUCUGCAGUCUCUAUAGGUCAUUUGAUGGUACAGUAGACAGGUGUGCUGUGAGUACCACAGGAGACAGGCUGUACAUCACCAGCCACUGGCUGCACAAGCUUCUCACCCUGGCCAGGGAUGGCACACUCCUGGCUACAUACACAGACCCAGCACUACUGCACUCAGAUGGUCUACAUGUGACCCCUGCAGGCCAGGUGCUGGUCUGUGGAUGGAUAACCAACACUGUACUACAGGUGGGCUGGGAGGGUAAGAGUAAGCUGGCUACUUUUGCUACUCAGAAGGAUGGAGUGAGGUACCCAUGGUCAGUCUGCUACAGCAGCACCACAUCCUCCAUCAUUGUGGGACAGUACAACAACAACAACAUCCUUGUGUUCAGAGUGGAAUAGUGUGUACAUUCGCUGCUGAGUCAGGACAAGGAUGCUGAGGAUGUGGUGGACAAGGAUGACCUGAAUACACAGAAGGAGAGCCCCGGUUUUGAGAGUUGGUACGGCAACGGCACCAGUCGGGCCCGCAGAAGCCUCAAGUCAAGCACGACCCCUCCCCUGACCCCUAGCUUCUCCCAUUUUACAUCCAGCUUCAAAGGGUCAGCAUCGUUGAACAAAUUCCUCCUAUAGAAAAUUUUGAGCACAAAGAGUUUUCACACAUGGUUAUCAUCAACCACAAUUUUUGUGUCGAGUGAUCCGCACUUGAGCCUGAUUGGUUUGUUAGACCCGAGUGCCGGAGAUGGGACAACCGUUACAGACACAAUGACUUAUUGCAGCAGUUAUGGCAACAUGUACAGUCAGUUCUCAAUGUUGGACUUCACAACUAAUAUCACGAUAAAUACAAAGUAGGAUAACUCGUUCCAUUCUUUUUGGGACAAACAAUACAACGGAAAGAAACAAAAGAAAAUCAAGGAAUAUUUGUAGAGUUUUAGUCGGAAGCGUAUGCUUACCACUGGGAUACUCCUGGACAGUCGUAACUUUACGGACAGUCCCGGUUUGUCCUCACAGGUGUCCAAACUGUCCAAAGAGAACGCACUUUUGACGCAGUUGCUAACAAAGAAAGGCAGCACCGACUUUGUUGUGAACACUCAUAGCAUCCAUGGCCAUGCCUCAGGCAGGAAGUUCGACCAACAGCUGAAACAAGGUGCUAAAGGUCAACCCAUCAGGGUUUGUAACUACCCACUCCAAUCCUAAACAGCCUGGCAUUGAGUUGGCGCUUGAGAAGGCGUUGAAAAAUGACAGCAGUUUUGUUGUGUGGUCCAGUAUACCCUUUGGCUCUCAACCCGAUGUUAGGUAGAACUCAAACUGGGCCCUUAGCAAUAUCAGCGAGGCUAGAAUGUCAUCUCUGCAUCUUGAGCUUCAGAUAAAUAUGGCAACACUUCCAACAGCUGAGCCUUGGUGAGUUCAACUUUCAUCCGCUGAGUCACUCGAGGUGAAACAAUCUGAUCCACAGAUAGAGCAGGCGCUGAGUGACUCGCCUGUUUACGUGACUGACCUCCAUAUGUUGCUCUCCAAUAAUGUGAACCUGACUGAGGAGCAGUGUUGUCCUACAUUCCCUGUUCUGGGUGGUGACUUUGGCGUCAAGACUCACACAAUCUCUGGCUAUGGCCCUAUCGCAGCUGCAGCAGCAACAAAAAC